CCUUAUUACAAAGGACCAUUUUGAGAAUUUACUCAUAAAUAAUUUAUGAAUUAUUUAAAACUUAAAAAAUCUUUUAAAUUUCAAAUCAAAUACACAUCUUUAAUUAGAAAAACCAUUUUGGGAAAGCACUUCAUUAUAAAUGAUUAUUUUAAGUAUUAAUUCUAAAUUUAGCAGAGAAAAAAUAACUUUAAUUAAUCCUCAUUUGAGUAACAUUAUUUAUGAAGGAUCAUCUUGGGGAUAAAUCUCAAUUAUAGAGGACCACCUAGGUAGGUGUAGCAGCUCAUCACCUAGUCUACUUUGAUUGUUCCCCUAAAUUUAAUUUCCCAUAUAAGUAUUUUCUCUCCCCAUCUGUGCAAGUAAUUUAACCUUCCUUCCAAAGUAGUCCAUAAAAUUAAGGUCCAUUAUACUAAAUGGGUUCUUACAUGAUCCUGCUGCUGUUAGUUGCCUUGUCGGCGGGCGGCGGCACGGCGGCCGAGACGAGCGACGAUUGCACCACCGUGAUAAUGAGCAUGUCGCCGUGCCUCAACUACAUCACGGGCAACUCUUCGUCUUCGUCCCCAUCUGCUGGCUGUUGCGUGCAGCUGAGCACCGUGGUGCGGAACAACCCCCGGUGCCUGUGCCAGGUCUUGGCCGGCGGCAGUUCCGCGCUCGGACUAAACAUCAACCAGACUCAGGCUCUCGCCCUCCCCGCUUCUUGCAAUGUCCAGACUCCCUCCGUGAACCGUUGUGCUGGCGUUGGCUCCCCUUCUGGAUCUCCACCCGGGACGACAUCAAGUUCUCGAAAUUCAUCCCGUUCAGGGGGAGGAUCGUCGUCUUCAAAGUCUACACCGUCGGGUGCGACGAUGACUUCAAUCAAGUUGACGAGAAGUCCGUUGAUCGUAGCCAUUCCUCUGCUUGCAUCUUAUGUUUCCACAUUCGUGGGAUAGAUAGACGAUUGGUUUAAUUUGUGUAUUUCUAUUCUUUGUGUCUAAUUGCCUCAAUAUGGUUGAGUACCUUUUAGUUGCAGCACUCUUUUUAUUUAUACAACAUUUCUUUUCUUAAUACAGAAACGACGUAUUG